GACUUGAACACAAAAUUUUCAGAGUACAAAGGAAGAAAAAGUAAGAAAAUUAAAAAAAUCAAAAUAAAAUUUAAAACUUUCACGUUAUCACUUCAUACCCCUCCACUCUUCGCGAUUUCAACUAUUGCCCCUAACUUGGCAAUCAUCAUAAAAACUACCCCCACAUUGUAUUGCCAAUAAAUAGAAAUACAAUUAAGUAGCUCUCCAUUUCCCCUCUGGAAAAAAAAAAAAGAACCCAUCGGAAAAUGGCUUUGAGUCGCUGCUUUUCCGGCAGCCAAAUCACGUAUUUCCGGCGGAGCAUAACAUCGGCACAGUCGCCGUCCGACGACCCUGCCGGCAAGUCUGCGGCGGAGCAAUUUGCGCCGCUGGCAGUAACGUUUCGGCGGAGGCUAACUGUUGGAAUUGGCUCAGCCUCUCUGGUGGCCGUCGGCGCAAAUUUGGCCGGCAUUACGAGCUUUCUGCUGGGUUUUUCGCCAGAGAAUAGUCGCCGCCUGAGGCUGGAUGUGGUCUAUCCAAUCGGAGGGUACAGUCGGUGCUUUGAAGCCAACGAAGGAUUUCAGCAUCCAGAGUUUAUAUACCCAGAAAGUUGGGUUGGAGACCAAAGGUUGUUGUAUCGAGCAGCUGAAAAGUCAGAAUUUGAAAGAUCACUUGACCCCCCACCCUUGACCACCUCCACUGCAGAUCGCCGUCGUCGGAAUGUUAAUGAGCCCGUGGUUGCAUUUGGUCCCCCAGGCUCGAGCGGAGAGCUCAAUGUUAGCGUCAUUGUGUCUCCUGUCCCACUCGAUUUUUCAAUUGAAGCAUUCGGAGGUCCAAAGGAAGUAGGGGAGGCUGUGAUCAGGACUAUUACAAAGGCCAGCAAACGCCCUGAUCUCAAAGGAACCUUGAUACAAACUACUUUGAGAGAGGAUUUGCAGAGAAAUGUCAAGUACUAUGAACUGGAAUUUAAAGUCGAGAGCUCCUCAUUUCAGCGGCACAACAUCGCUGUCUGUUGUGCUCGUCGGGGCAAAUUAUAUACACUGAAUGCACAGGCACCGGAAUCAGAAUGGCCAGUCCUAAAACCAGAGAUCAAGACAAUUGCCAAUUCCUUUUGUCUCUCAGCUUAAAAGGUUCUUAUGUUGUUGUUAUGAGGUGUGGUUUGAGGAGAUCUUUUGACGGGGUCAAAAGUUUAGAAUGAAUGUAUAACCCCUCGUCUUCCCGUUUCUGAAUUAUAUUGUAUACGUUCACAAUGUACGUACACCAGGCUGAGAACCUCAAACAUAUUUUUUGUUAGUUGGUAUAUGCACAAGAUCUCACUAUUGCAUGCA